AUGGGUCUGUUCCAUUCUUAUUUACCUUGGGGUGCUGUUCUGGUGGUUGAAGGCGCUUACCUGAGGGGCGCUUACCGGAGGAACGCGACACGUGGUGUUCGUUGCAGGUGGUGGCAGGCGGUGGCGACAGGGGCUGGUUGCGCCCUGCAACCAGGUGCGUACGGUCGCGCCCUGCAUGCAGGCGCUAAGGGUCGCGCCCUGCACGCAGGCGCGUUGACUCGUGCCCUGCCCGAGGCGCCUCGGAGUUUUAAUAUGGCAAGUUCAUCAUCAUCUAAUCAUUAUGACGUGGCAUAUGGACCAUUAGAGGAUGAUUUACUGUGGAUGCAAAAAAGCCAUAUAUCACAACAUAUUUGGAAUGGUGCUAAUCAAAGGACGUUAAAAAUUCGACGAGCUACACCACUGUAUAAUCAUAGAGAAGCACCGCCCGAGGAAAUUAUUCCUUUAUUACAAGUUUCGGGUUUGUACCCGAUAAUGAAAUUGGCGCAAUUGAAGAUAAAUGGAGCAUUAGUUAAUGCUUUUAUUGAAAGGUGGAGACCAGAAACACAUACAUUUCAUUUGAAGUGUGGCGAGGCAACUAUUACCCUUCAAGAUGUUUUUGUGCUACUUGGUAUUUCUAUGGAUGGAAGACCUUUAACCGGCAAUACAAAUAUUGAUUGGUUUGAGUUGUGCCAUGAAUUAUUGGGUGUCAUGCCUGACGAUGAUGCAGUUGACGGGAACUCACUUUUAUUUAGUUGGCUGACUUCUCAAUUUGCAAAUAUUAAUGAUUUCAUAGGCAACCAACAAGGGCUUGAAAGAUUUGCUCGAGCUUGGAUCUUAAGAUUCAUAGGAGGCGUGAUGUUUGUUGACAAAAGCAGCAAAAGGGUGCCAAUGAGAUAUUUGCAAUUUUUGAGAGACCUUAGAGAGUGCAGCACUUAUGCAUGGGGAGCUGCUCUUCUGGGUAACCUUUAUAGAGAGAUGUGCAUCGCAACAGACUAUCAUGCUAAAUCAAUAGGCGGUUUCACUCUCUUGAUUCAGUUAUGGGCAUGGGAACGAUGCCCAACAAUAGGCGGUUUCACAAAUUUGAUAAUACGAUCCUGGCGAAUGAUUUUGCAUGUGUUUCAGCCAUGA